UUGGUUUUAUAGUAGAGGAAGAAAUCAUGUUGACUCACGCUCUAUCUGCUUCAACGUUACCACUAUUUUGAGCACACACAAAAAAGAGAAAAAAAAUCACUUCUUUCUCUCUCUUACUGUUCACUCUGCUGUGUGCCAAUACCAAAAUCACUCAAAACUCACAAGUUGCCACUAAUCUGUCAGGUUAUUUCAAGAUACCAUUUUUUCUGGUGUUUGGUUCCCGAGAAACUGUUUAGAAUAUAGAAUCAAGGAACAGUAGAAGGCCACCAAAUCAUUUCAAUUUUUUUCUUCAAUCUGUGUCAGCACCCUUGUUUUGCAUUCUUCUUCUAGCGGCUGCUUCAUUAUUUCACACAUCUGUGACUUCAAUUGGGAUUGUACUAAUGGAAUCUUGGAGUUAUGUCCCCGAAGAGAAAGGCUAUUUGUUUUCUGAUGAAAUGGAUUUUUCACUUGAUGCUUUCAUGAGAAGUAGAAAAGCAUUGGUUGAAUGGGACAACAAAUCCAACUUUGUUGAGAAAGAUGGAUUUAAUUCAGACAGAGAGGUAGUUAGAAGCAUGGAAUUUGUGGAUUUGGGAUUCCCUGACUUGUUGCAAAAGUCUUUUCAUGGAAGCCAGCCUCUAGAGACAUCUAGCUAUGAACUAGAUAGUAAUAAUUCUAGUAAAAGAGGGAAUUCCUCCCCACAUGUCAUUGCCUUGGAUUCUUCUAUGGGGGAAGAGGAAUCCGAUUCAAAGCAUUUGAGUUCUCUAGUUGAAUCCAAGACUCAUGAUUCUUCACUGAUUGAUCUGAAGCUAGGGAGAUUAGCAGAUUGUAAAGGUGCAAGUAGUGAUAAAGUUGCAAAAGAAGGGUUCACUUUAACAUCUAUACAUCCGACCACACUUUGGAAGAGAGCUCGCACUUCCAGCUUGCCUGCACAGGCUCCUGUAUGUCAAGUUUAUGGUUGUAACAUGGAUCUUAGCUCCUCAAAAGAUUACCACAAAAGGCAUAAAGUUUGUGAUGCUCACUCCAAAACAGCUAAAGUUAUUGUAAAUGGAAUUGAACAGAGGUUUUGUCAGCAGUGCAGCAGGUUUCAUUUGCUAGCUGAGUUCGAUGAUGGUAAGCGCAGUUGUCGCAGGCGUCUAGCAGGACACAAUGAACGCCGAAGGAAACCCCAAUUUGAUUACGUGACUGGUAAACAGCACAAGAUUCUUCAGUCAUAUCAAGCAGGUACUAAGUAUCUGGGGUCUUCAUUACAGAAUAAACCCCAGUUUCCCUUUCAAGACAUAUUUCAAAGCAGCAUCCUUUUCCCCGGAAAGCAUGCUCAAUUCUCUCAGAGUGGACGUGUCAAACUGGAAGAGGACUCGAUUUACGGUUCCCAACUUGCUGCACCGGUCACACUUGAUCAGGAAUCAUCAAGCUGUGCUCUCUCUCUUCUGUCAGAUCAGUCACAGUAUCCGUCAUGCCACGCAGCAGGCAAUCCAUUAGCCAGUCCCCAAGUCUUUAGUGGCAUCCGCAUACCCGACAGAGACAGCCGAGUUUCCAAAAAGCCUUUGAGGAUAAGCCCUGCAGAUAAACUUGCACCAAAUGAGUCCUUUCCAUGUGAUACAAUCUCCAAGGAAGUUAUCAAGAAUAGAUCCGCCGCAACAUUUUCCAGUGUUGGUCAUGCUCUUGAAGUCCAUAAUGGAGAUGAUAUCUGCCAACCAUCAGAGUUGUUCAGCAUUAAACACAGUCUUUCCUCGGAACAUGCAGCCACGGUUGAUUUGUUCCAAUUGUCUUCACAUCUUCAGAGGGUGGAGCAGCAAAGAAAUUCUGUUUUGGUGAAGUGGGAAAAUGAGGACUACUGUUUCCCAACUGUGUGAAAGGUUGCACAUUGUUUAAGCCUCAAAGUGCCAUUAACAUGCCCAUUUUCGUUGAUACCUAUGUUUGCGAUGCUAUAAUAGUGGCCUAGUGGGACUGUUCUUCGUGAAUUGAUUCAUUUGUGGUGUAGUAUGGGAAUAUUGAUGGGUUGGGGGGUGAAGAAUAUCUUAUUAACUAACCAUGGUAGUGUUGAGGAGAAAAAGGAAAGUCAAGAAAAUCCAACUGUAUAGCACAGAUACCACUUGAGCAUUUGGGUUGAGUUGUAUUAGCAAUAGUUAUUUAUUGGCUUCGGACUGUUGUUAUUGACAGUGACACUCAUGUUCAUGUCUUUGAAGUGAACAUGUCUUUCGUGUAGUUUAGGUGACAUUCAGCUGUGUCUAUGGACAACAAUAGUAAUGUCUAUGCACACAUUUCAUUUUGUCACAUAACCUCUUUUUAUUAUUAUUGAAACUUAUUUCGAGUGUCAACCAAUGAUAAGGGAGCAAAACGUGUGCAUGUGCACAUGUGAAUUAUUCUCCCCAAAACAAUAAA